AUGCAUGCGCCGGGCACCAGAGCAAAGAUGUCCAGCAUCUUUGCCUAUCAGAGCUCUGAGGUGGAUUGGUGUGAGAGUAAUUUCCAGCACUCGGAGUUGGUGGCCGAGUUCUACAAUACGUUCAGCAAUGUGUUCUUCCUCAUCUUUGGACCCCUCAUGAUGUUCCUCAUGCAUCCUUAUGCCCAGAAGCGUUCCUGGGGUUUCUAUGGCGUGUCAGUGCUCUUCAUGGUCAUAGGUCUCUUCUCCAUGUAUUUCCACAUGACACUCAGCUUUCUGGGGCAGCUGCUAGAUGAGAUCUCCAUCCUGUGGCUGUUGGCCAGUGGAUACAGUGUGUGGAUGCCCCGUUGCUACUUCCCCAAGUUCAUCAAGGGGAACAGGUUCCACUUCAGCUGCCUGGUAAUUAUGACCACUGUUAUCAGCACCUUCUUGACGUUCGUGAAGCCCACAGUCAAUGCCUACGCCCUCAACAGCAUCGCCAUACACAUCCUCUACAUUGUGCGUCAAGAGUACAAGAAGACUAGCAAUGGGGAUCUUCGGCAUCUGAUUGGGAUUUCUGUGAUCUUAUGGGCCGUUGCACUGACCAGCUGGAUCAGUGACCGUGUACUUUGCAGUUUCUGGCAGCGGAUUCACUUCUUCUACCUGCAUAGCAUUUGGCAUGUCCUCAUAAGCAUCACUUUUCCUUAUGGUAUCGUGACCAUGGCCCUGGUGGAUGCAGAGUAUGAGUUGCCAGGUAAAACCCUCAAAGUGCACUACUGGCCCCGGGACAGCUGGCUCAUUGGGCUACCGUAUGUGGAGAUCCAGGAGAAUGACAAGAACUGCUGA